AUGGAUCAUUCGCGCGAUCCUUGUCCCUGGGUCAUUCUCAAUGAUUUUGGCGGCGCCUUUGCCAUGGGUGCUGUCGGUGGUGCAGUCUGGCACGGCGUGAAAGGCUUCCGCAAUUCUCCUUACGGCGAGCGUCGCAUCGGGGCCCUCACAGCAAUCAAGGCGCGCGCCCCCGUCCUGGGCGGCAAUUUUGGCGUCUGGGGAGGCCUCUUCAACACAUACGACUGUGCUGUCAAGGGCAUACGGAAGAAGGAAGACCCAUGGAAUGCCAUCAUCGCUGGUUUCUUCACCGGGGGCUCGCUGGCUGUGCGAGGAGGAUACAGGAGUAUGCGAAAUGGGGCGAUAAGUUGUGCGAUUUUGCUGGCCGUGAUUGAGGGCGUCAGUAUUGGCUUCAACAGGAUGAUGGCGGAUAACACCAGACUGGAUGCGCCGCCACCGCCGAGUGAUGUGGGGGCAGGAGGGGGUGGUGGUGGAGGGAUGGCUGUCGCUGCUUAG